AUGGAGCAGACCAAAGCUCUCAAUGCUCUCGAGCCCUUCCUGGCCCUGAGCAAGUCAGCAACAUCCCCCCGCGCCGCAGCCGACCUCGUCAACCGUGCAACAUCAAACCCAAACACCUUCCUUUUCACAGAGCUCCUCGAGACCCCGCAAAUUCAAGCCCUCUCCCAGUCUCCCGACUUCGAACCGCACCUCCGCCUGCUCGAGCUUUUCUCCCACGGCACCUAUGCCACCUACCAAUCCGCAACCUCGGCCUCAGCACCCCUUCCCCAGCUCAACGAUGCUCAAACCCUCAAACUCCGCCAGCUCUCCCUCCUGACCCUGGCCCGCGACCGCUCGAACCUGACCUACGCAGCCCUCCAGUCCGCCCUCGGCCUCCCCUCAGCCCGCGCUCUGGAAGACCUCGUCAUCUCCGCAAUCUACGCCGGCCUCCUCGACGCAACCCUCGACCCCCACCGCCAAGUCGUCCAGGUAAACUCCCUCGCCGCCCUCCGCGACCUCGCACCCGGCGCCGUCCCGCCCAUGAUCGCCGCCCUUCGCGCCUGGUCCAGCCGCUGCGAAUCCACCCUCGGCGACCUCGAGUCUCAGAUCGCAGGUAUCCGCGACGCCGCCGCCCGCCGCCAGCGCGAAAAGGCCGCACAGGACGCCCGUCUGGCAAAGCUUGUCGAGGACGUCAAGAAGGAUCCCGAGACGGGGGGCGCCGGUGGUGCGGGGGGCCGGAAGCUCGCCGUCGGUCACGCACAGCACGGCGGCAGCAGCAGUGGGGAGAGGGUAGGCGGCUUCUUGGGCCACACGUCUAGAGCGCAGCGGUACAACAAGCGAGGUAGCACCAGCAUGAUGGACAACACGGAGGAGAUUGAUGACGAGGCCAUGGACGUGGACGAGGAGGAUGACGAGCAGGAGAAGAAGCGUGCCAGUCGACGGAAGCUUUAG